UGCGAGAAUUAAUUAUGUAAGGAAUGAUCGGCGUGCGUGCUGUUACUGUGACGGCGCGACUCUCCUCUUUGCAAGCGACGCUUCUUUCAUUGAGAACCGCUAAGCACGCGCAACGCAAUUCGUCCAUGCAAAUCGGCGCGUACUCAGCAUCCAUCCAUGUUGAUGGAGAGCCGCUCCCGGAGUACGGACUGGAGACUUCAGCGGAUGGAAAGGAGGUCUCAUGCUGGAUCCCUUCAGAAGCAGGCAAGGCGUUCACUCCCAACUUCAGGGACUCGGCUCCGUCCCUCAAAUACACCACUCUGGCGAAGCUAAACGUCGACGACGUCCGUUGCCCUGGCACCUACCUUGGGAACUUGAGACCUGGCCACAGCGGCCGGUUAAGUCACCAGCCAGGUCACGUUCUCUCCGAGAGCAAAAUCGAAACAAUCGCAACUGGUCCCUACAGCCGGCGUCAGAUUGUUUUUGGAAGCCGCGUUCUGACCGAUGACGAUGCAUACCUCGACCAAUCCAUUUCACCUCACGCUGGAACCAUUCAAAUUGCCUUCUCCCACUGCGUAAAACACGCAAACACAGACAUUGCGAGUGCCUUCCAUGUACCAAAGGCUAACGCCAUCCACGAGCGUUCCAAGAAAGCGGCAGCGCAUGUCGUCGAAUUUGGUCCUGAGAUCGGCAACGAUGGCCACACAUUGAACAGGACUAGCUCUUGCGAUCAUGUCCGCACCCUAGCCAGAAUGGUCUUCAAAUACCGGCCAAUAGAACUGUUGAGGGCGCAAGGCAUCGCACCGCAGCUCAAACCCAGGACCGCCCCCGUCCACAAUCCGACCGUUCUCGAUCUGACCAUGGACGAGGAUGCGGAUGACGGAGAGGAGAUCCAGAGACUCGAGGUAUGCUUGCCUCUAGGGUUUGACCAUAGAUCCCGAUUUCGUGCAUUUCAGGCACGACUUCGCUCGUUGAGAGAGAAGAAUCCGAACAAACGUAAAAUCAAGGACGAACCCGAUGUCGGUGGCUCGGUCAAGCGCAAGAAAAUCAAAAACGAAAGUUCCUCUUUCAGGCUGGGAGAAGUCAUUGAUUUGACAUGAUAACGAUUGGUCUCAAACACCAUCUAAGAUACUUGUUAUGCUACUCACAGGGGUAAAAUACUAUCACAUAAUUCAUUGAAUC